CGUGGCCUGGGCGUGGCCUGCCGAGGCGCCUUGGCGGGAGCGGGAGGCUAGGGAGCGCGUCCCCGCCGCGCGCGCCCCCGUCCGCCCCGCCCCGCCGUGCUCCUCCCUGUCGCUAUAAAGAGAAGGCGGGCGCGGCGCUCGGCUGCAAGCUCCGUCCGGCGCCUCGGAUCCGUUUCCAUCGGAUUCUACAGAAACCCGUGUGGUUCCUCCCCGCGACAGCCAAAAUGGUGAAGCUGAUCGAGAGCAAGGAAGCUUUUCGAGAGGCCCUGGCGUCUGCGGGAGACAAGCUUGUAGUUGUGGACUUCUCUGCCACUUGGUGUGGACCUUGCAAAAUGAUCAAGCCCUUCUUUCAUUCCCUCUCUGAAAAGUAUUCCAAUGUGGUGUUCCUUGAAGUAGAUGUGGAUGACUGCCAGGACCUUGCUGCAGAAUGCGAAGUCAAAUGCAUGCCAACCUUCCAGUUUUAUAAAACGGGUCUAAAGGUGGGUGAAUUCUCUGGCGCUAACAAGGAAAAGCUUGAGGCCUCUAUUUCUGAAUUUGCCUAAUCAUGCCCUGAAAAACAGAACCAGCCACCAGCUGUUUAAACCUGUAACUUUUUUUUAAUUAAAAAAAAAAAAAAAAUGAAGUGUGAGGAGAGUCUAUGCCCAACUGCCAUCUGAUUAUAAAUGACAAUAAAAUAUUAAUUCUGCCCUUUUUAAAA